CGACACGCCUUACAAGGCUCUCCCCAACGUCCCCGGUCGCGACUUCGACGACGAGUACGACGACCCCAGGUCCCUCUCCUACCAGCACGCAGGAGAUAUGGGCGACGCGUCCCGUCCACGCUUCAUGGGCGCGGCGCUCGCUGGCGAGGCCGGUUCGAGCCGGCCAUCCCUCGAGUCGGGUCAUCAUUCCUACCCCUCCUUCGACAACAAUUCCUCCGUGUACGCUCUGAACCCCGAGCAUGGUGGGACGGAAUCCCGCACAGGGAGCCAAUAUUUCAACUAUCGCGAUGACCCCAAUGACGUCCCCAUGCAGCCUCUCGGCGACUCGCGGUAUCUCGACGAGAAGCGCGCAACCUACGCUGCCCCACGCCAAAGGUCGCGAGCCAAGAUGAUUCUAGCCGGUGUCGCAGCUGGUGUCAUCGCUCUCAUCAUCAUUGUCGUCGUAGCCGUGUACUUUGGGGUAGUGAAGAAAAAUGACAAUGACAAGUCCACGAAUAACGACAGCGCCAGCAAGCCCUCGGGCACGAGCGGUAGCGGCGGGAAGGGUUCAUCGAGUAAUCUGGUGGUUACUGGAGGAGACGGCAGUAAAGUGACCACGGAUAACGGUACGACUUUCACAUAUCAGAACUCCUUUGGCGGCUACUGGUACUGGGAUCCGAACGAUCCCUUCAACAAUGGUGCCAAGGCCCAGUCGUGGACGCCGGCGUUGAACGAGACGUUCAACUGGGGCGUGGAUAAAAUCUAUGGCGUCAAUCUGGGCGGUUGGCUGGUUACGGAACCUUUCAUCGUACCAUCCCUGUACGAGAAAUACCCUAAAGCCGUGGACGAGUGGACUCUCAGCGAAGCGAUGGCAGCUGACACUGCCAACGGUGGUCUCUCGCAGCUCGAGGACCACUAUAAGACCUUCAUCACGGAAGAAGACUUUGCGCAGAUCGCAGGUGCGGGUUUGAACUUUGUCCGGAUUCCCUUGCCGUAUUGGGCCAUCGAGACUCGCGGAGACGAGCCUUACCUCGCAAAGGUGUGCUGGACAUAUUUCCUGAAAGCCAUCCGAUGGGCACGCAAGUACGGUAUCCGCAUCAAUCUCGAUUUGCAUUCCCUGCCCGGCUCGCAGAACGAGUGGAACCACUCGGGCAGGAUGAAUGACGUCAACUUCCUGAACGGCCCUAUGGGUAUUGCGAAUGCCCAGCGCAGUCUGGAUUAUAUCAGGAUCAUAGCUGAGUUCAUCAGCCAGGACCAGUAUAAGGAUGUUGUCGUCAUGUUUGGGAUCACGAAUGAGCCCGAGGAGGCCAUCUUUGGUCUCGAUAACCUUCAAAGAUAUUACCUUCAAGCGUAUAACAACGUUCGGUUGGCCAGCGGUAUUGGAGAAGGCAAAGGACCCAUGAUCUCCUACCACGAUGCUUUCCUCCCGCUCACCCAGUGGGCCGGCUUCAUGUCUGGCGCAGACCGUAUCAUGCUCGACGACCACCCUUACAUCUGCUUUGGUGGUCAGUCCGCUGCGCCUAUUUCCUCCUACGCCACGACGCCUUGCAAGACGUGGGGCGCGAACAUGAACACGAGUAUGUCCGCAUUCGGCAUGACAGCCGCCGGCGAGUUCAGCAACGCCGUGACCGACUGCGGCAAGUGGCUAAACGGCGUUGGGCUGGGCGCGCGGUACGACGGCACGUUCGCGGGCUCGACCGCAGUCGGGGAUUGCGACACCUGGACGAACUGGCCGGCGUGGGACGACACCAUGAAGAGCGGGAUCAAGCAGUUCGCGCUCGCGAGCAUGGACGCGCUGCAGAACUGGUUCUUCUGGACGUGGAAGAUCGGCAACUCGACGGAGACGGGCAAGGUCGAGUCGCCCGCGUGGUCGUACCAGCUCGGGCUGCAGAACGGGUGGAUGCCGACGGAUCCCCGGCAGGCGGCGGGCGUGUGCGGGAAUACCGCCCCGUGGGACCCGCCGUUGGCGCCGUCUGCGACUGGCGGGUCUGGGGCCGGACAGAUCCCCGCGUCGGUCUCGAAUUCGCUCCAUUGGCCACCAACUACUAUCAGCAAUGUCGGAGGAGGCGCGACGGAUCUCCCGACGUAUACACCUACAGGCGCAGUGCCGACGUUGAGCGCGGAGACGUUCUCGAGUGCAAGUGGGACUGGGACGAUUAAUGCUGGCAACGGCUGGGCGAACAGUAAGGAUACCGCCGGCGCGAUGGUGGCUAUUGCUACCUGUAGCUACCUCGACCCGUGGGUCGGCCAAGGUAUUGCGCCGCCUUCGCCCCUCUGCUCGGGUGGUGCCCGCAGAAGAGACGUGCCGCUGCCUCUUAUCACGCCGCCUCCUUCUCCGUCAUAGGGCGGGAUAGGCACGCUUGGGUGAUAUUGGGACUUCUUUUCUUGCUGGACUGAGCAUGGUACGGACACGGACUUGUAUAGAUGAGCACAUAUAUAUCGCUACCGCACUCUCAUUUUUAUACCAUAUCUUCUGGAGCUUUAUUGACAUUAAUGAUCCCAACAAUAUCCUUCUUCUUUCCCUUGUGGUAUCGGAGGUUUGGACGUCCCGUCGUCUGCGAUAGUUGUUGUAGUAUAGAUCAGACGGACAGUACUACUACUAGCAUCUGCGACGUUACUGCGUGG